UGUGAUGGUGAUCUUCGCGCGACUCUUCAUGCCUGGUCAAACCAACCCACAGGACUCACAAUCGAAAUCGACGACUCGCCAGCAUGCAAUUUGACUUCUUUCCCGUCGGCGAAAGCCUCCGCACCGCACUCGAAGCUGGUGUGAUCCUUGCUGGCGUUGCCGGAUGCUACUACUUUGGUUCGACCCAACGAGGGGCCACAUGCCCCACAACAAGUGGAACGAAAAGCAAGGCCCCCAAGCCUCUCGAGCGACUUGGUGCGGCUGACUUGCCUUCCAAAGUUGCUCAUCUCGCACAAGACUCGGACGUGACGAACCUCAGGGACUUGCUCUUCCGAACCGUUCCUGCCGAGCAACUGGAAGGGCACUACAUUCACUCGCUCAAUAUUGCUGGCAAAUACCAAGGGUUUGAGGUGUAUGGCAACUCCGACAAGACAGGGACCACAAGUGUCAUUCACUUUGGCGACAAAUUGUGCGGGCAUCCUGGCAUCGUGCAUGGGGGGUGCAUUUCAACAGUGUUCGACGAGUUGUUUGGAUGGACGAUGAUGUGGACGAGUGGAAAACUUGGAUUCACAGCAAACCUGAACGUGAACUUCCGCAAGCCCCUUCCAGCCGACAUCUUUGGAAUUGUCUUCACGGACUUCGAUCGCGUUGACGGUCGAAAACUCUAUAUGAAGGCGAAACUUGAAGACAACGAUGGGACCCUGUACGCAGAUGCCACGGCGUUGUUUAUAUUGCCUAAAGAAUCCAAUUAAGUUGUGCAAAAAAAUUCACACAUGGGUCCUCUGUCCUCGGUCGUCCUGAAGCAAGGACCAUGGUUUUGCAAAGCGGCAACAUCAGCAAGCGGAUACAACAUGACAGUUCGUGAACGAAUCCUGUCGCAUCACUAGCGUGAAUGGCACAAAUGUCUGUCUUGUCG